CGGCGAUGCGGGAACCGGGCGCGGUCACGCCGCGCUCUCCCAUGGGCCUAUGCACCCUGGUGCUUGCGUUCCUGGGCGCGCUGCCCACAGGCGCUGGGGCGCAGCCGUACCACGGCGAGAAGGGCAUCUCGGUGCCGGACCACGGCUUCUGCCAGCUCAUCUCCAUUCCGCUGUGCACGGACAUAGCCUACAACCAGACCAUCCUGCCCAACCUGCUGGGCCACACCAACCAAGAGGAUGCGGGCCUCGAGGUGCACCAGUUCUACCCUCUCGUGAAGGUCCAGUGUUCUCCUGAGCUGCGCUUCUUCCUGUGCUCCAUGUACGCACCCGUGUGCACCGUGCUGGAUAAGGCCAUCCCGCCAUGCCGCUCUCUGUGCGAGCGUGCCCGCCAGGGCUGCGAAGCGCUCAUGAACAAAUUUGGCUUCCAGUGGCCGGAGCGGCUGCGUUGCGAGAACUUCCCGGUGCACGGAGCCGGCGAGAUCUGCGUGGGCCAGAACACGUCCGACGGCUCCGGGGGUCCUGGCGGCGGCCCCACCGCCUACCCCACCGCUCCCUACCUGCCCGACUUGCCCUUCACCGCGCUGCCCCCUGGGGCCGCUGACGGCAGGGGCCGUUCUGCCUUUCCCUUUUCGUGCCCCCGUCAGCUCAAGGUUCCCCCAUACCUGGGCUACCGCUUCCUGGGCGAGCGCGACUGCGGCGCCCCGUGCGAGCCUGGCCGCGCCAACGGCCUCAUGUACUUUAAGGAGGAAGAGAGGCGCUUCGCCCGCCUCUGGGUGGGCGUGUGGUCGGUGCUUUGCUGUGCCUCCACGCUCUUCACUGUCCUCACCUACCUAGUGGACAUGCGGCGUUUCAGCUACCCGGAGCGGCCCAUCAUCUUCCUGUCCGGCUGCUACUUCAUGGUGGCCGUGGCGCACGUGGCCGGCUUCCUGCUGGAGGACCGCGCGGUGUGCGUGGAGCGCUUCUCAGACGACGGCUACCGCACGGUGGCGCAGGGCACCAAGAAGGAGGGGUGCACCAUCCUCUUCAUGGUCCUCUACUUCUUCGGCAUGGCCAGUUCCAUCUGGUGGGUCAUCCUGUCGCUCACUUGGUUCCUGGCAGCCGGCAUGAAGUGGGGCCACGAGGCCAUCGAGGCCAAUUCGCAGUACUUCCACCUGGCCGCGUGGGCGGUGCCCGCGGUCAAGACCAUCACCAUCCUGGCCAUGGGCCAGGUGGACGGGGACCUGCUCAGCGGAGUGUGCUACGUGGGCCUGUCCAGCGUGGACGCGCUGCGGGGCUUCGUGCUGGCGCCCCUGUUCGUCUACCUCUUCAUCGGCACUUCCUUCCUGCUGGCUGGCUUCGUGUCGCUCUUCCGCAUCCGCACCAUCAUGAAGCACGAUGGCACCAAGACCGAGAAACUGGAGAAGCUGAUGGUACGAAUCGGCGUCUUCAGCGUACUCUAUACAGUGCCGGCUACCAUAGUCCUGGCCUGUUACUUCUACGAGCAGGCCUUCCGCGAACACUGGGAGCGCACCUGGCUCCUACAGACGUGCAAGAGCUAUGCGGUGCCCUGCCCUCCCGGCCACUUCCCGCCCAUGAGCCCCGACUUCACCGUCUUCAUGAUCAAGUACCUGAUGACCAUGAUUGUGGGCAUCACCACUGGCUUCUGGAUCUGGUCAGGCAAGACCCUACAGUCAUGGCGCCGCUUCUACCACAGACUCAGCCACAGCAGCAAAGGGGAGACUGCGGUAUGAGCCCCGGCCCCUCCCCCACUCGCUAAAGAGGGAAAAGCGAGGUAGGGAAAGAACGUCUGGGUGGGAAGCUUGGUUCUGUAACCUCCUCCCCCUCCAGUGAGAAGUAACCUGGAAGUGAGAAGACUUAUGUAGAUGUGGGACGAGGAGUGGGUUUGGAAAGGAGGCCUGAGUGAGAAGACGGUUUGGAUGAAAAGACUUAUGGCAAAGAUUUGCAGGAUAAUGAUGGUGAUUCUAAUAACGAUGAUGUUAAUCAUGUACGAUACGCACGGACCUGGGCCUAUCGAGAAAAUUGAGACCAGCAGGAUUACUGUGAGUUCUUCCCAGCCCCGUCUGAACUGGGACUGUGAGCGAUUCCCCUGCUGCAAGACAAGUGGCCUGUCCUCACUCAUGUGAGGCCCGGGUGAAAGGUACAGCUCUGUCUUCGGCGGCCGCUUUGUUGGAAAAAGGGAGGACUCCCUGCGGUGCCCUUGUCAAGCGGUGGUCAAACCAUAAUCUCUUUUCACUGGGGCCAAACUGGAGCCCAGAUGGGUUAAUUUCCAGGGUCAGACAUUACAGUCUACAGUCUCUCCUCCCCUGCCCCCUCCCGCCUGGU